UUUUUACAUGGCCUAAACCCAAAUUUUGGAUGUCUAGUUAGCGGCGUAACAUUUUUAGGCGGUCUAAACUCUAAAGUCUAAACAAGGCGUGCAAUGAAAAAUGGUCAGUGAUUGUAGAGGAAGUUCAACCCACCAAGCCAUCCAUGGCGCCUAUGAACUGCAACAAUGGAGCCACCGCUACGGUGGGUUGUGUAACCGUUCUUUCUAUCUCUUUUGCUGCUCUUUCUUACUUUCUUUUCAAUCAACAACGAACUUCCGAACGCCGCAAAUCUAAAAAAAAUAAACCCAUUUGCAGUCAAAGACAUGGAAAUGGAGUUGUUGCUGCCAUUGGAAAUACACCUUUAAUUAGAAUUAAUAGCCUGUCUGAAGCCACUGGUUGUGAGAUUCUAGGUAAAGCCGAGUUUUUGAAUCCAGGAGGAAGUGUAAAGGAUAGGAUUGCUGUCAAAAUCAUACAAGAGGCGUUUUCUUCUGGGCAACUAGCUCCAGGUGGAGUUGUUACUGAAGGUAGUGCAGGAAGUACUGCUAUAAGUCUUGCUACCGUUGCUCCCGCUUAUGGAUGCAAAUGUCAUGUUGUGAUUCCAGAUGAUGUUGCUAUUGAGAAGUCUCAGAUUCUUGAAGCUCUUGGUGCUACUGUUGAGCGGGUGAGGCCAGUAUCAAUUACUCACAGAGACCAUUUUGUUAACGUUGCUAGAAGACGAGCAUCCGAAGCUAAUGAACGAGCAGCAAAACUUAAAACUAAUAUUCAAACAUGUGAAACAUCUACCAUACACCAACAACAAUGUAAUGGUGAAAUAUUUGGGGACCAGAAGAAAAAUCACAUAUUUUCAAGCGACUGUACUGGAGGUUUCUUUGCAGACCAAUUUGAAAAUUUGGCCAACUUUCGGGCCCACUAUGAAGGUACAGGACCCGAAAUCUGGGAGCAAGCUGAAGGAAAGCUUCAUGCUUUUGUAGCUGCUGCUGGAACAGGGGGCACAAUAGCUGGUGUUACUCAGUUUCUCAAGGAGAAAAAUUCAGAUAUCAAGUGCUUCCUCAUCGACCCUCCAGGUUCUGGCUUGUUCAAUAGAGUAACGAGAGGAGUUAUGUACACUAAGGAGGAGGCUGAAGGCAAGAGACUGAGAAACCCCUUUGACACUAUAACUGAGGGCAUUGGAAUCAACAGGUUGACGCAGAAUUUCAUGAUGGCGAAGCUGGAUGGCGCUUUUCGUGGCACAGACAAGGAAGCUGUUGAGAUGUCUAGGUACCUUUUGAAAAACGAUGGCCUUUUCUUAGGUAGCUCUUCAGCCAUGAACUGUGUUGGAGCUGUUAAGGCAGCACAGGCCCUGGGUCCUGGCCAUACCAUUGUUACAAUUCUAUGUGACAGCGGGAUGAGGCAUCUGAGUCGGUUUUACAAGACUGAGUACCUCUCUGAGCUGGGUUUGACUCCGUCUGCUACUGGUUUAGAAUUUCUCGGCCUUCCGUUGGAGGAGAGAUAGUCAUCAUUUAUCAACCACUUCCACCGGAGGAACCGAGGAAGUAUUGAAGUAACAUAAUUUUAGGCCCCAAAGGCCUUGAUUUUUUUGUACUCGUAGGGGAAGACAAGAUUGAACAAACUUUCUAUGUUGUUGAUUACGAAUGUUGAUUCAUGAAAGCCAACUUGUGUUUCAUUUGCAAAAUUUAGCCAAUUUUUCCGAGUGUAUUAUCUACUAAUUGAUAUCUAUUUUCUACCCAUGAUAAUCAAGAUGUACAUUUUAAUCGUGCUGGAAUUACUAAAAUUACGCAGGGAACUCAUAUGUUAUAAUUUGUAUUAGUUAGACAAUUAUACUUAUACAUAGUGCGGUUUUACGAUAAGACCGUCUCAUAUAAACUCUGGAACUGAGUAACUGAGGUUUGAUUGGGUCGGCUAAGGACCGAACCAUUUGAUUAUUAGGCGGACAUGAAUAUAUAGAUUAACACAAAAACUUGUAUGCAACCGCCUCACGCGUGCACCAAAUUUUUUUUAUAUUUGUC